AUGCACGUGUGCUUCCGUGGCGGCGCCGGCGACAGCAGGGCCGCCAGGUCCAUCAGGGGCUUGGCCAAGAACAUGAAGGCCAUGUCUCUCAAGGCGAAGGCGGCCGGGGGCGUCGGUCAUGCGCGGCGGAGGCAGCGGAGGGAGGCAGACCCCCGCGAGCGCUACAAGGAUGGUUCGGGACCGACGUCGGCCAAGAUCGCGCCGGCGCAGCUGCAGGACGAUCGCCGCCAUGAUCAUCUGCUGCACACGGAGGAGGACUGCGACAAGGGCUGCUCUCCUUCGCUGGACGCCGACGACGAUGCGGCUGAGAAGGGCGACGACGGUGCCGAGGAGUGGGUGGCGGAGCCGGAACCGGGCGUGCUGAUGACGCUGGCGCCGCGCCCCGACGGCACCAACCGCCUCCGGAAGGUGCGGUUCAGGGACGAGCUGUUCGACGACUGGGCGGCGCAGAGCUGGUGGGCCGACAACCACGACCGCAUCGUCGAGCUCUACAGCCUUGUCAACCAGGCCGACGGCGGUGGCAACGACGACACACCUGUCACCCCAUGCCAGUCCGAAUCCGACGAAGAAGAACCGCUGCCGGAUGAUGCGAUGGCGGCCGGCGAGCCGUCCAGCGGGAGCAGGUCGAGCGGCACGGCGGGGUCGCCGAUACUGGGCCUGGUCACCGCGCCCGACACCCUCAGAGGAUGCAAAACGCCACCAGCAGAGGAGGAGGGCGACAUCAGCGACCACCAGCAGAGGAACACGCCGUGGACGGAGUGGGUCGAGGAGUACGAGCCCGGCGUGUUCAUCACCGUCCGGGCAUACCCCGACCACCCCCUACAGCUCCGGCACGUCGAACUCAGCCGUGAGAAGUUCGGCGAGGUAAAGGCGAGGGUGUGGUGGCAGGAGAACAAGGACAGGCUGCGCAGCUUCUACUCCUUCUGA